AGAAAGAAGAAGAAAUAAUGAAGCAUUGAAUUCAUUUGAAUAUUUUAGUUGUUUUUACAGAUUUUUUCUCAACGAUCAAAUGAAUUAAAAACCCCACCUCCCUUCCACUUCCACCUACUGUUACCUCUAAAACGCUGUCGUUUUUCAAGUACACCUGCUACUCCAUUUACAGUGCCGAUUUUACAGGUUUUCUGCUUCCUCUAGACAAAAUAGUUUCUGGGUCUUGUGGAAUUUUGUGGAAUUUCAAGCUUUCACUGUCUAGCUUAUCUGGGUUUUGUUCAAAAUUGGAUUUUGAGAAAUGGGUAAUACUAUGUGCAUGACGAAGAAGGAGAUAAGAGAAGCUGGGAAAAAUGGAAUUGGGUCGAGGAGUAAGAGGAUGGAGAGAUCAAAGAGGAGGUCAUUAUUGGAAGAGGAGUUGCUUCACAGGCAAGCUUUGUCUAUGGCAAUUCAGCAGCAUCAGUUGUCUCAAAGAUUUGAUGGGUCUAUUUCUAGGCGUGUCGGAUCCACUAGCUCUCGCCGUCGCAAUGAUUUGACAGACCAGCUUACCAAUUCCAAACAGUUACCAGAAUUUUUGGAGAACAUCAAAACAAAGAAAAUUGUUUUGAUACAUGGAGAAGGAUUUGGAGCUUGGUGUUGGUACAAAACUAUUGCUCUGUUGGAGGAAACAGGAUUGGUCCCCACAGCCUUAGAUCUCACUGGAUCUGGCAUUGAUUUGACAAAUACUAAUAAUGUUGCAUCUCUAGAGGCAUACUCAAAACCAUUAAUUGAUUAUCUGGAGAACUUGCCAGAGGAUGAAAAGGUAAUUUUGGUCGGUCACAGUGCUGGAGGUGCUUGUGUUUCCUAUGCCUUAGAGCAUUUCCCAACUAAAAUUGCAAAAGCAGUAUUUCUUUGUGCCACGAUGAUAUCUGAUGGUCAGAGACCUUUUGAUGUGUUCGCUGAAGAGCUUGGGUCCGCAGAGCUUUUCACCCAGGAGUCUAAGUUUUUAACUUAUGGGAAUGGUAAAGACAAGCCUGCCACUGGCAUCAUGUUCGAGAAGGAGCAAAUGCAUGGGCUAUAUUUCAAUCAGUCUCCUACAAAGGAUGUUGCUUUAGCAAUGGUUUCUAUGAGACCUAUUCCUCUUGGUCCGAUGAUGGACAAGCUGUCACUGACACCUGAAAAGUAUGGAACUAGUCGUAGAUUUUAUAUCCAGACAUUGGAUGAUCAUGCUCUUUCACCAGAUGUCCAAGAAAAGCUUGUGAGAGUAAACCCUCCUGAAGGAGUUUUCAAGAUCAAAGGCAGUGACCAUUCUCCAUUCUUCUCGAAGCCACAGUCACUGCAUAAGAUUUUGGUUGAAAUUGCGCAGAUUCCAUGAUGUUAAUUUCUCUGGUGGAGUUUCUUUCAUAGCGAGAGUGGCUUCAUUGAUUCUUAUUGAGGCUGUAGAAUCCAUGAGGUUGUUGGUUGUACAGAAGAGGAGAAUGACUCAGCUUGUUUUAUAUCCAUUUUCAUAUUUUAUUUCACUUUUAACAUUUUAGGCAUUGGUUCAUAGUUGAAAUAUUCUUCUUGUAGAGUUACAGCUAAGAUAGCAAUUUGACUUGA